AAAUACAAUCCCAUACCAAGAGAGAGAAAAAGAGUAACAAUGGCUGGUGGCGGUGGAGACCUGGUGAGCAACAAACAGGUGAUUUUCAGAGACUACGUAACUGGUUUCCCUAGAGAAUCAGACAUGCAACUAACAUCUGGUGGCACUAUAAAGCUCAAGGUGCCUGAAGGUUCUAAUAAUACGAUACUUGUCAAGAAUCUUUAUCUCUCAUGUGAUCCCUAUAUGCGAAUCUUAAUGAAGAAGGGCGAUGACCUUGUCACUUCCUACACUCCAGGCUCUCCAGUAACAGGGCUUGGAGUGGGUAGAGUUUUGGAUUCGAGGCACCCAGACUUUAAAGAAGGUGACUUGGUAUGGGGAACAACUGGGUGGGAAGAGUACAGUCUCAUCACAGCACCACAAGGCUUCUUUAAAAUUCAGAACACUGAUGUCCCCCUUUCUUACUAUACUGGAAUUCUUGGUAUGCCUGGAUUGACUGCUUAUGCUGGGUUUUAUGAGGUUUGUGCUCCGAAGGAAGGAGAAUAUGUUUUCAUUUCAGCAGCAUCAGGUGCAGUUGGUCAGCUUGUUGGGCAAUUCGCAAAGUUGUUGGGUUGUUAUGUUGUUGGAAGUGCUGGAAGUCCCGAAAAGGUUGAUUUAUUGAAGAACAAGUUUGGUUUUGAUGAGGCUUUCAAUUACAAAGAGGAGCCCGACUUGAAUGCUGCUUUGAAAAGAUACUUCCCUGAUGGGAUUGACAUCUACUUUGAAAAUGUUGGGGGCAAAAUGCUAGAUGCUGUGCUUCUGAACAUGAGAGUCCAUGGCCGUAUUGCUGCGUGUGGAAUGGUCUCACAGUACAAUCUUGAGAAGCCUGAAGAUGUCUGUAACCUGAUGUCUAUUGUUUACAAACGGGUGAGCAUAAAAGGAUUCGUAGUUUUUGAUUAUUAUCACCUGUAUUCCAAGUUCUUGGAGGUUGUUUUGCCUUAUAUCAGAGAAGGAAAGAUAACAUAUGUGGAGGACAUUGUUGAAGGUCUAGAGAACGCCUCUGCAGCUCUUGUAGGUCUUUUUAGUGGGCAAAAUGUUGGAAAACAGGUGGUAGUAGUUGCUCGUGACUGAAAGAAAUCAUAGAACACUGGUUUAUAUGCGAAACCAUGUUGUCUAUUUUAUUCUAUAUCGUUCUAGGGUUCUUGCUGUACUUUGUGAACUUCUUGGAAGGGCGUUGGAUUGGCAGCUAAAACAGUUUUGUCUUUAGUACUUGAGAGUUAAAACAGUUUUAGUUGUGCUGAAGAUGGAUGUUAUUAUUUGUAUGUCGCAAAAGAUAAAACCAACGGGAUUUAUUAUGUAGUGGCAAUGCGUUUAUGCUCA